GAAGAACGUUUCCUCUCCUGCUUCUCGUCCCUGUUUCCUCUCCACCAUACCAUAUUGCACUCGCCCUGAAGCUAUUUAUUCCAGUGGAGACUCUCUGUAACGACCUUAUCUCGCGCUUAUUUUCAUUGACAGAUUGCCAAAAGUUACUUUGGAUUGCAAGAAAAUGGAAUUUUGCCCUACGUGCGGGAUGUUGUUGCAAUAUGAGUUACCACAUAUGGACCGAUCCGCCAGAUUCUACUGCCCUGGUUGCCCAUACGUCUGUCAAAUUGAGCCUAGGAUCAAGAUCAAGAGAAGGCAACAUCUAGUUAAGAAGAAGUUAGAUCCAGUGAUUUCAAUUGAUUCAUUGGAAACCGCCGCAACAACUAAAGAAAGAUGCCAUAAAUGUGGAUUCGAUGAAGCAGCUUUCGUACAAGUUCAGACUAGGUCUGCAGAUGAGGCUGCAACCAUAUUUUACAAAUGCAAGAGCUGCAAAUAUCAAUGGAAUGAAAACUAGGCGAAUUCGCUUGAACAACUGGGAAAUUUUGAAGAAAAGCUAGGUGAAGUUGCUUGGAUCAGAUAUAUUGGAACAUAUAUUUGGGGAAGUUGAUUGAGUUAGACAACUCUGUUCUUUUGGGUGCUUAAGUUUUAUUUAUUUAUUUAUUGGUGUAAACAUUUUUCUGCCCUCAUUUUGGGUAUAGAAGGAUGAAAUUGGGUAUGAAUGGAGGAAAAACUUUGAAAGAAAUUGUGUUCUUUCCCUUUGAAAUUUAAGAGCAAAGAGAUGGUUAUUGCUUGCACA